AUGGGGAGCCGCCGCAUGGAUCAUGGAGUCAUUGAGCUGCUGGGAGGCGAGGGAAGGAAGCUGCUGCUGCUGCUGUGGCUGCUGCUGCUGCUGCUGCUGCUGCUGCUGCUGCUGCUGCUGCUGCUGCUGCUGCUGGCCACCAGUGGGGCCACCCUUCUGGCCAGAUCCACCCCCACUCCCACCUCCACCGCCACUGCCGCUGCCUCCUCCCCCACCACCGCCGCCGCCGCCGCCGCCUCCACCGCCCCCGGUCCUGCCGCCACCCCACCCACCGCCUCCACCCCCACGUCCACCCCCACCACCUCCACCACCCCCGCCGCCUCCACCACCGCUCCCUCCACCGCCACCUCCGCCACCCCUGCCACCCUUGCCGCCCCUGCCACCACCACGCUUCCCACCAGGAGCGGAAGCCGCUGCGACCUUCUCCGCACCGAGGAAGUCGACAGCAGUAGCAGCAGAGGCGUAGGAGGGGUCAAGAGGGGAGGGGGAGCACCCCUCAAAGAGGGGAGUGCGGGGAGUGCCACGAGCAGCACCGACAGCGAGGAUGUUCUUCUCUGCUGCGACCAGCUGCUGCUCGAAGUCGUCCAGAGUGAUAGUUGGAGGAUCCUUGGCAAGGAAGUGAUCCCUGACAGAGCGAAGAGUGUCAGGGAGGCGGGUGACGAGGAUGUAGAGGGUGAAGUACAGCGGGGGGGUGUUCGUGGCGAGGAACUCGUCGGUAAGAGCGGCUCGAAAGCGGGCGUCACUAGCGCGGAGGUGAGUGAUAAGGUCGGCAGCAGUGUGAAACGAGGCUAA